AUGUAUCAGUCAAUUUCGUUAUCUCCAUCCUCCAUAGAUUCUCAAGUGAACCGACCGACAUCCCAUCGUCGAAGUCUCCUUGCCACGAUGAGGACGGAGACCGGCCCUGUGAUAUUCCUCAUGCUCAACGCGACCCUCCCCAUGCUCAACGCGACCCUCCCCAUGCUCAACGCGACGCCCCCCAUGCUCAACGCGACGGCCGCACCCGCCGGGAACGGGACCGGCGGGGCGUGCGACGCGUGCGACUGCGGCGGGGCGUGGGUGGCGUGCACCACGCCGGACACCCUGGACGCACCCCCGCUCGUCCCCAAACCGGAGGCUGUCACCGAAAUGACUCUCAUUGAUUCGGGUCUCCGGACUCUCAGCAACGACACCUUCGCCGGAAACCCGCUUCUCAACCAUCUGGAAUUGAGGGGAAAUCCUCUGGAUUGCAUCUGCUCCAAUGCCUGGAUCUUCGCGGAGAAUCCCCUUCAUCGGAGAGGGGCUCAUCGGGGACUCGCCGUCGAGGGAGGGAAGACUUGCCGGCUCCCCGACGGCCUCUGCGCGGUGCCCGACGUGAAGAUGCAUCCGGAGGUGAUCUCGGUGAAGGAGGGCGAGGCCUUCGAGGUCAACUGCUCCGCCGCGGGGAAGCCCGAUCCUCAGCUGACGUGGAAAUGGGGAGCGGAAGACGCGAAGGAGCGAGUCGUGGAGGAGCUAACCGGAGACUCCCUGAGACUCCGGAUCCCCUCCGCCCGCUGGAACGACCACGGCCGGAAUAUGACCUGCGUGGCCACCAACGACGCCGGCCGAAGCCUGGCCCUUCUCGUGCUCAAUGUCUUCUUCCUGCCCCGAUUGACGCCGAUGAAGGCCGAGGGACAGAACCGGUGCUUCUGGGUGAUAUCCAACCCGCCCGCGCGGGUGCACUGGCUAUUCGAGGAUAAGCCGCUCGAGGAAUCCGGGCUCAUCCGGUUGACCCAGGAUUGCAUCCCGACCAUGCGCCCCCAUGAGAAGAAAUGCUGCUUGAAGGUGGACCUAGCGACGUACUCUCACGACGGAGAAUACACGCUAGUAGCGGAGAAUUCUCUGGGACGAGAGAACAGGUCCAUGGAGGUCCAGUUCAUGCUGGGGAAGCCGGCGGAGCUGGCCCAGGAGAGGGGACGCACCAGGCCCCAUAACUUCCCUGUUCUCCUCCCCAGGAACAACGGGAGCGUCCAUUUCUACGAGCAGCACGGCUCCAAGCCCAUCGUGCUGGGAGCACUCUGGGUGGUGCUCAUUUCGUGCAGCAUGUCGCUUCUCGUGAUCGGUGUCCCCAUCUUCGUGCUUCUCAGGGUGAAACGCUGCAGGAAUGGAUCGAGAUUCAUUCGACGCCCCGCGGGAACCGAUCCCGAGGCCCCCCACGAGUUCCACCCCCGCCUGAUCCAGGAAAACCCCCUGUACGACGAGGACAUCUCGUCCGCCUCGACGACGGACCCCUCGCACCCCCGCCUCGUCGAGAUCCCCGUCCACGCCCUCGACCUGAAGCGACUCCUCGGCGUGGGGAACUUCGGCAAGGUCUACUUCGCCGUCUUCACCCCCGAGGAUGGGGAAGGCAAGGAGGCCUUCGAUGUUGCCGUGAAGUUCCUUAAGGAGGGAAGCAGCGAAGAGCAGAAGCGGGAGAUCCAGCGAGAGGCGCAGAUGCUGGCAAGGAUGCGGCAUCCCAACAUCCUCGAGCUCCUUGGGAUAGUUAGGAGCCAAACGAUCGGGAUCGUCUCCGAGUUUAUGCCCCUCGGUGACCUCAACAGCUACCUCAGGAAGAGAGGCCCGGAUUCGGGAAUGUUAGGAGGGGAGGGCGGAAGCGAGGCGCAGCUGGGUCAACUGGGACUGGAGGACUUGGUCAACGUCGCGAUCCAGGUUGGGUCAGGGAUGAAGUACCUCUCGGAGCAACACUUCGUCCAUCGGGACCUGGCCACGAGGAAUUGCCUGGUCGGGGAGAACCUCACGGUCAAGAUCGGGGACUUCGGCAUGUCGAGGGAUGUCUACAGUUCCGACUACUACAGGCAUGAUCCGGAUUAUAAUUCUGCAGACGACAACACGCUGAAAAAGCUGCAGCAAAAAAAGUGCAUCGUCAAAAUUGAAAACAUGAUCCGCAUGAAUAAUGCAAAAGACAAAUAG